AAACACAUCGUUUGUGAAAGAUGGGUAGAAAUCUUAGUCCAAUACUUCAGCGAGAGCUGGAAAAUCUUGACAAGGAUGCUAAUAGUUGUAAAUCAGCAAUGAGAGCUCUUAAAUCAUAUGUGAGAGACCUAGAUUCAGCAGCAAUACCAAUCUUCCUUGCACAAGUAUCUGAGACCAAAGAAACUGGAUCCGUAUCUGGGGAAUACACCAUUUCACUUUAUGAGGCAUCCUCAAAGGUGGUCCCUGCAAUUGCAAGAUACGGAAUUGAUCCAACCACACCAGAAGAUAAGAGGAGGCACAUAAUUCAUUCUCUCUGCAAGCCUCUUUCAGAUUCUCUCCUAGGAUCUCAAGAAAGCCUAACUUCAGGGUCUGCUCUUUGCUUGAAGGCCCUUGUAGAAUGUGAUAAUUGGCGGUUUGCUUCAAAUGAGAUGGUUAACAAGAGGUCACGAUGUCACAUCAACGUUGAUGACAUUGACAUCUUCACUACUCCAAGGAAGCUAAUUCACUCACUUCACGUUGAUGACAUUAACAUCUUCACUACUCUAAGAAAGCUAAUUCACUCACUUCAGGACCCUAAUAUUGUUAAGUCAGACUUCUCUGAAAAACAAACAAGGAGGUUCAGAAGUCCAUCCUCUGGAAGAUUCCAAUCCUGCCCAUCCCCAAGGCAAAAUGGUUUUCAACAUGACCUGAUGCAUGAGGUUAACGGGAAGGAAAGUUUAUGUAAUAAUGGCGAGCAAUAUGAAGGUGUCUCUGAAUCUGUAUCAUCAACAGAUAGUUCUGCUGAUGGUAAUCUGCAAGAGUCUCUUGAGGUAGUUCCCGUUAUUAAAACUGAAAUUCUCCAGUCUAGCAACAAAAUCAGCCGUCGGAAUAAAAGUUCUAAAAUGCUUUUGGUGCUCUUUUCCAUUCUACUUGUAGUUCUCAUGGCACUAAUAUGUAGUGAUGGUUGGGAUGAAGGAGAUUAUCUUGUUCUAACAAGAAACUCAUUUUGUUAGUUUGUUCAUGGAGUUAAUAUAAGUUUUUCUCGUUUUGUAUAUUAAAUAAUGUGAUAUACAAUAAAGGAUCAUUCUUUCCUUUUUAAAUCCUUUUUUAUUUGUUUUAAGAUUUAAAUUUGAUAUCUCUAAUAUAAAAAUUUAAAUUCU